UGUUAGGCCUUAAUACCAACCAGUGAAGGACUGCAUUAAGGUUAAAGCCAAACACUGAAGCUCUGCAGAAUUUAACAAGAAUUACAGGGAAAAUGAUAAAAAAUUAUCUUAACUCAUUUUUUAUGCACACCUCGAGUCUGAGCCUUGAGAUGUGAACCACUUAUUAAAAUACUUAAUAGGCGCGCACACGAACACAUUGCACAGAUCGAGCAUAGAGGUCAUAGAGAGAGAAUAUGUUUAGCUUUAGUCUGCAGCAAAUAAAAAGAUCCUAAUAGACUUCAACACAUCAACCAGUUGAGAGCUGAAGGAUGUUUAGAAGUCAACUGAAAUGCAGAACAGGCACAUAUUUAGUGCAGGUUAAAUUUGUCUUAUAAGGAAACAGUUACAUCACAUUUAACAGUCAAACGCAUUAAAGAUUUUUCUCGAAUAAUUAUUUGGAAAUUUAUGAAUGAACAUGCGUUGAUUAAUGCUGUUUUUUUAUUAUGUGGUUGAUAGAUAGUGUUAAUAUAUAACUGUGGUCACACACUGUGCUUGAUGGAUAUAACGUUUAGAGAGAUGCUGGAUGUGAAUGGUAAAGGGCACAGCUGCAGUGAUCCACAUGUGAUCAGAAACAUGGAUAAAGUUUUGAGCUAAAACAACAGCAAAUACUGGAGCUGGCUUGGCGGUCUCCUAGCAACAGCCAAUAAGAAGGUAGAUGACAGAGGCAGGGUCAGGUGUGGAAGGUAAAAGUGAGAGGAGGGGAUGUGGUAGUGAGGAGCGGAGCGUGGGGCUGCUGCGUCACUGACUGCAGUAUAAAGAUCAUAAAGAUGUUUGUGGGAUCUCCUUUGGGCAGCAGUCCCACCUCUCCCAUCCCAGGCAACAGCCCCAGUCCUGAUUUUCAGUCCGACAGUCCAUCCCCGGCUCUCCUGUCCCACUCCCUUCCAUGUUGGGCCACACAAGCACAAUGUGACCUGGCUCGAGCAGAGGCAGAGUUGCGUCAACUCCAAGCGCGUCACACAACGGAGACCGAGUCUGUUAAGAGGGGGGUAGAGCGCGCCGUCCUAGGGGCGCGCAGAGAGGAGCGGCGCCUGCUGGAACGGGUGCAGCAGGACCAUCGGGACAUGGAGCAGCACCUGGAGCAGGUCCAGAGGGAGAACUUGGCCGCGGCGCGGGUCAGCCAGUCUCUGCUGGACCAGAGGCUUCGCAAACUGGGCCAACUUCAACAGCAGAUUCAAGAAGUGGGUCAGCAAUCCGCUCAAGAUGCUGCAGACCACAACCUGCUACUGAAAGCCAUCACAGAGCUGCUCCAACCCUGGGAAAUAUCUGUGUCCUUAAAGAAAGUGAACUUUAAGCCCAGUUCCCAACCUAAUGCCGUCAUUUUCGGAGACAUUCGUGUGCAAGAGCAAAGUCUGUCUCUGCACGGUGGAGGCUGUGGACCACAGGGACGGAUGUGUGCUCUUCAUUCGCAGGAGAUGCAGAGUGAACACACAAACCACCAGGAUGCUGCAGGAGAGAAGAGCAGCGCAGCACAUGUCUGCACCUCACCAACAGGCAGAGCUGUAACAAAGAUCAGCCUCUCGGCCCACAGUGACCUGGAGACGGAGGAGGUACAAAAGCUCUCCUCAGCAAAAAUAUGUGACUGGCUACCAAAGUGUGACCAGUCACAGUGGGAGCCAUCUCAACAUGAGGUGGAUUCAGCCUUGUUUCAGCCACAGGGUGAGGAUAUACUUUUGGCUGUCCCUAUGCAUCAAAAUAUGAAUACCGAAGGCAAGGAACACAAAAUGAGUCAUACUAGAAAAUUUUACUCUCCCAGGAACCAAAGGAAGUCACUUAAUGUGGCGUCUGGCAGGAAGUUCUCCCCCUCACCCGAACGGCGACAAGAGCACACUAAGCUAACUCACUGCCUGAAUUUAGACAUUCUGAAGGAAGACAAAAGUCAAGAGUCCAACAGUAGACGCCUGAGAUACAGCAAUAAUGUCCUAACGUAUCCCCGAAUGACUCAACGAGAGCCUCUAAUCAGCCAGAGCUGCCUCGAUCUCUACUCCAGGGGUCGCAUUCAUUGCCUCAGCCAGUCGUCUGACGAACACUCCCUAGGUACGUUGGGUGACUCUGGCCGAGCCCCAUCCCCAACGGACAGCCUUGACUCGAGCUAUACCUUCAUUGUUAGUGACUCUAAUAGCUACAGUGCAAACAGGGGCUCUUCAAAUUUCAACUGCCGUCGAUCAAAGUCUUCAGUGGACUUGACGCACAAGACACACCCUCUGAUUAGCAGUGGAACAAACCAGCAUGUUGGAGCGUGGAGGGUGAAGUAUAGCAACUCCAACUCAAUGUCAAGCUCCACAGCAACAUCCCCCACUCUCAGCAGGGGGCAUAAGGCCUCUGGCGCAGGACAUGUCUGUUCAAACUCUAGAGGUUAUGAUGUUCUGCACCAGCCAAAAACAGAAAUCCCAGAGACUGGUUCAAAACACCCUUGGGAGGCCAGGUUGUUAUCCAUGUCUCUUACAGAUGGUGCCACCCAAGAGUCAAAAAGAGGAAGAGGAGACCCAGCUCUGGUGGAGCUGGAAGAGGAAGGAGACCCAACAGGGUUCAACCCCAGGAGUGUCCAGCUUAUCAGACAGUUUGGGAAGCAGGGUUCGGGUCGGGCUGACUUCACCCUACCAAGCGGUCUCCAUGCCACAGCACAGGGCCAGCUCUUUAUAGUAGACUGUGGAAAUGCACGUAUCCAGGUGACUGACGCUGUGGGUAACAUUCUUCAGCAAGUGACGUCCCCAGCUUCUGAUGGCUCAGCUAGAAGAUGCCGGAAUUACUUUGAUAUUGCAAUCAGUGCUAAGGGCCUGAUUGCACUAAGCUGUGCAGCAGAACGAGCCCUGCUUGUCUUCAACCGGCAUGGCCGCCUGCUGCAAACCUUUGGAGGUUCCGGUCCAGGCUCUGGAAAAGACGACCUCGAGGCUCCCAGGGGUGUGACGGUAACCAGGUUGGAUGAAUUCCUGGUGGCUGACAUCAGAAAAGGUACCCUCAUUGCCCUAAAGCUCGACCCUAAGACAGGAUACCGUCUGGAACGCACAGUGGUGACUGGGUUUCACCGUCCAUACUUGGUAGCGACUUGCUUGACCUCAGGUAUGAUAGCGGUGUCUGAAAGGGGCAACGAAAUGGGUCGUGUGCCCUGUAUCAAAGUGCUAGAGCCAGGCUGGAACACAGUGAGAGUUCUGGGUGUGUGUGCUGGCAUGGGCCCGGUCCUAGCGUGUCCCUGGGGCAUCUGUAUGGACGAAGAUGGUAAUGUGCUUGUAGCGGACUGGGGGGAGCAGCACAGAGUCCUCUUGUACCCAGCACAAGGAGUGGGCUGGCCGUUAAUAACCCAGGGCUUGAGUAGCCCGCGUGGCCUCACCCUGCUCCCCGGGGGGCAACUAGCUGUGUCCGAUAGCAUGAACCACUGCAUUAAGGUAUACCAGUACAAGAUGGUAAGGGGCUACACAGAGUGAGUUGUUGUUUAACACUGUGGUGAGGUCUCAAAUAACCUGAUGUACGGUAUAUUUUUUACCUGGGCAGUUUUCCUGCUGCCUAUGUGUCACUACUUAAACAUCGAGACCAUUAAUGUAUUGAUUUAAGGUGGGUUUGCAUGCCCUCUCUUUUUCAGUGUUGCUUUUUUGAUGUGUAGAAAUAAGACACAUUUGACUGUGACUGACGUUACAAACUCCUGCAAAUUGUACAUUUUUUCGCAUUGCCACUGAUCUAUAGUGACAAUGACUCAAGCUUGGUGGCGCCUUUCAAUCCUCCCACUCCCUUCUUUCACCAGCAGCAUCUCCACCUCUCUUUGAUGGAUUCUGUAUUUAACACAUGAAUAUGCUGAUGCUGGAAAGCUCAGAGUGGAUGAAUCAUCUGCAGAGGAACCAGACUUCCAUCCAAACUCUUCUCUGAAGGUGUCUGUUCACAGCAGAUGUUUAAUUCGGGAGGCCAACGCUUAUUUUAGAUCAGGCAGGGGUAUGAAUGACGCUUCCACAGAGUGGUUCAUUUGUGGGAUACUUUCCACUUCAAUGUUAUUUACCAUGAAAUUAUAGUCAGCUUGUUAUCCUUUUGUUUAAGACAUGACAUCUCAGAAUCUGCAACAGUGGGUGUGGCUGGAAACAUAAACCUUUUUUUGCUUUUUUUCGUUUGUACAUUUAUUAAAUAAAGAAAUUAUACUAAGUGACAAACAAGCUACUGUGGUACUUGUGAAAUAUUAAAUAAAAAUUAUUGGUUGAUAUUUUGUGGGCUUAUUCAUAGUUCUUUCAUUAGGCUUGUUUGAUCAAAUGCCAAAAUAAAUCAAGUAAAUCUUUGCAUCAUCAAGUCUUUCAU